CACUGCGUUUGCGCGGGUUGAUUCAAAUCCGAGGAACUACAGGGAAAGGCGUUCAUCAUGGCCGCUGCCGGCUGUCUGUUGAUGUUGUGUGAGUAGCCGGAAGGAGGCAACUGAUAUUCGCUGCGUGAAGCUGGUUUGCAGAAAACUAGGAGACUGAGAGCUUUCUCAAUCUCCUUGGGCAAGCCAUAAAGCGGGGCAGCAGUGGAGAAAACACUUGUACAGAGCAGCAAUGAGUUCUUCAAAUUCACGGUCUGCUGGUCAUGAAAGAAGAUUAUCUUCUGACGUGUUUGUGUCUCCUGGUACCAAGAGACAACCACUUAGCUCAUCUGGCACUCCUGUUCUGGAGAACUGCCCUGGGAAUGAUGAUGAGCGAGAGAGGAAGCAGCGGCGGCGCUCCAGGGUUAUCGACCUGCAAUUUAGCACUGAAUCCCCUUUGUCUGUGCAGUCGCCCUCCAACAAGCAAGCGGAAACAUCAUUGCCAGCAAUACCCCGACUGACAAAUACCCAGAUUGCUGAUCAUUAUUCAACGUGUAUCAAACUUUCAACAGAAAACAAAAUCACUACCAAAAAUGCAUUUGGCUUACACCUCAUUGAUUAUAUGACAGAAAUACUCAAACAGAAGGACUCUGAACUCACCAACUUUAAGAUAGCUGCUGGUACCUUGGAUGCCAGUACAAAGAUCUAUUCUGUGAGAGUUGAUGCUGUCCAUGCAGAUGUCUACAGGGUUCUUGGAGGACUAGGCAAAGACUCUGCACCAGCAGAACCUGUGGAUGACCAGGAUGCAAGUCGAGGAGUGGACUCUGAGAAUGGAAAAAAGCCUCCAAGCAAGAAGAAGCCCAUGUACAAAACAAUAGAACAGAAUCUGAAUAAUAUUAACGUCUCUGAGACCGAUGGUAGAUGUGAGGUUGAUCCAAUGUUCCAGAAGACUGUAUCCUCCUUUGAUGAGUGCAGCACAGCUGGUGUUUUCCUUACCACUCUUCACACGCAUAGCUAUCUCAGUGAAAUUCUGUUUGAUUCUAUGAUCACACCUCUCCCUUCUUCUGAAACCUCUGAGUUACCAAGUUCUUCUCACGUGAAAAUGGCAGACUUAAAAGCAAUCCUUCUGAAGUGUGUUGAAAAGCGGACAAUUUGUCCUUCCCUAGCUGGCUUCCUUUUUACUAAGUGGGACAGCGAGACCCAUAAUGAGUCAGUUUCAGCUCUGUUGGAGAAAUUUAAAAAGAGUGACCAGGUAUUUGAUAUCGAUGCCGAAGUUGAUAGUCACUCUGGGGACAACGCCGAAGGCCCAGCGGAUGAUGACUUUGAUGCAGACCUACUAGAUAGGACAGUCGCAGGAGAUCUUGGGGGAUUCUCUGAAAAGUUGGAGGCAUGUAGAGUAACUCCAGGAACCUCAAGGAAAAAUGUGCUCCCCUUGGGGGAAGGAGACAUUGGGUCCAUGUGCCUUCACCUGUCCAUGAAUCCCAGCGAGUACUCUUAUUUCAGCCCCCGAACCAUGUUCAUGUGGGCGGGCCCAGAGCACUGGCGUUUCAAGCCUCGCCAUAAAGGUGAUGCUAACUGUGAGACGGUAAACAGAAGGAAGACAGCAAAAAAAGUCCUGGAAAUAAAUUUUGAUGAGGAGAUUGAGUUUCAGCUUCAUUUCCGUGAAACGAGGGCAGCUACGACUCUGGCCCAAGCAACUCUGGAAAGUCAGAACAAGAAAGGCAACACUCUCCCCACAGAUUUCCAUUAUGAUCCCGACAACCUCACCCGCCUCUUCCUCAAACCGGCCAAUAGGCUGUGGAAAAAGCCACUAAAGGGCAACUCACCCAGUCAUGACGAUGAGGUUGGAGAGUAUGAUUACAACAAUCCCAAUGAUGUCUCCAAUUUUUGUCCUGCUUUGCAGGAUGCUGAUAGUGAUGGCGAUGAUGACUAUCCCAACGAGUUUGUGGGCCAGAGUGGGAUGUUUGAAAUGACCGCUCAUCCUACUGGAGGAGCAGGCCAAGACCCGGAGCUCAAUGGGGGGCUCAACAUCACCACCUACGGUGAAUCAAACCUUCUGGCCGAGCCACAGAAGGUUAACAAGAUUGCUAUCCAGUAUGCAAAGACUGCCAAAAAGAUGGACAUGAAGAGGCUAAAACGGACCAUGUGGUGCCUCCUAACUGAUGCACAGAAGAAUCAAACUGAGGAGGAGCAUGUAGCCUUGGAGAAAAGUUCUGAUGCCUCUGUGGUGAUGGGUCAGAAAGUCUUCAGUGACAUUACCAACGAUCUGCUUCACAGGCUGCCUUCCGUUAUGGCAAAAAACCUAUCUAUACCAUUGGCAUUUGCUUGCCUCUUGCACUUGGCCAAUGAAAAGAACCUAAAGCUGGAAGGGGCGGAGGAUUUGUCCGAAGUCUUUGUGGUCCAAGGAGAUUAACGUGUGCCUCAAGGCAAGAGUAAGAUUUAAGAAGAGGGUUUACCAGUGGAAGAUGCAUGGUGUGAACCAUCCACAGCUGUUUUCCCAUCUCCUGGAAAUGCUAAUGAGAACCUCGCACCAUUUUCAGCAGCUCUGGGAAAUGUGUGAAUACUUGGUAUUUUGGAAUUCUGGACCGUGGGUGGAAAGUGUGCCUAUUCCAGAGAUCCAUUGUGGUUUUAAUCCUCUCCUGAAGCCUACAUUUUCUCCUGGGAUUACAUGAGUUGUUCUAAGCCAUGUCCCAUGAACAUUUUGUAAUGUGUCCAUGUUACUUCACAGUCUUGAUGACUGCAAAUUACUUCUGGGUAUAUUUGUUUUUUUAAAUGUGUGCAUCCACUUCUUGUACACAGAAAGCUAACCUGUCUCCUUUUUAUAGUCAUUUAAUUUUAAUCACAAUUGAUUUGAUAUUUUUAGUAUAGAUGCUUAAAAAAAAUAAACUGCUGUGUGUGGUUUUUUAAA